ACCAAAGAUGCUGGACUGCCAAGUGGAGAGGUCUUGAGGAAAAGAAACGAGAAUUUAAAUUUGAGACGCUUCAAAACCAUUACAGAGAGCUGUGGAUGCACACGAGUUGUACUGAAACAUCAAACAAGGAAUAAAAGCAGGGAUUGUUAUGGAAGCCAAUUGGAAGACUCCCGAAAAGAUUCGCGGAGACAGAAAGGCUGCACAGCUAAACCACAAGGCACGCCUCUUCAGAGUAGACAUACUGUUGCUCAUAUCAUAUUACUAGCCCAAUUUUGGGGAAAUCAUAAUGGAAAUGUUGGAAAGAAAGCAAGCCAAAGAUGUGAUGCUGCAGUCGCUGAUGAGAGUAUUGACACCACAAAAAACAAGGCGUUGUCUGGUGAUAUCAUACCGCAUAAUCCUACAGGGUUAGAGAAAUACGUGUGA